AUGCAGAUCUUCGUGAAAACUCUAACUGGGAAAACCAUCACCCUCGAGGUCGAAUCCAGCGACACGAUUGAUAAUGUCAAGGCCAAAAUUCAAGACAAGGAAGGUAUUCCACCGGACCAGCAGCGAUUGAUAUUUGCUGGAAAGCAACUGGAAGAUGGCCGCACUCUCGCUGAUUACAAUAUCCAGAAAGAGUCAACGUUACAUUUGGUUCUGAGGUUGCGUGGAGGGAUUAUUGAGCCGUCCCUGAUGGCAUUGGCUAGGAAGUACAACCAGGACAAGAUGAUUUGUCGAAAGUGUUAUGCACGUCUCCAUCCUCGUGCUGUGAACUGCAGGAAGAAAAAGUGUGGACACAGCAACCAGUUGAGGCCAAAGAAGAAGAUCAAGUAG